AUGGCGCCGGGCUGCGGGCACGGCGGUCAGCGGGGGCGGGCCCCGGGGGGCCCCGAUGACCAUGAGGAGCCGCCCCGAUACCCCCGGGAGCCCCUCGAGACCCCCGGGGAGCCCCUCGAGACCCCCGGGAGCCCCUCGAGACCCCCGGGGAGCCCCUCCCCGAGAAACUUACCAUUUUCAACUUGUUUUCUGCCGCUCCUUCCCAACCAGGAUGAGACAGGAGCUUAUCUCAUCGAUAGAGAUCCCACGUAUUUUGGUCCGAUACUGAACUACCUCCGACAUGGGAAACUUAUCAUCAACAAGGAGCUUGCAGAAGAAGGGGUACUGGAAGAAGCCGAGUUUUACAAUAUCGCCUCCCUUGUGCGGCUGGUGAAGGAACGGAUACGGGAUAACGAGAACAGAACCUCUCAAGGACCUGUGAAGCAUGUGUACCGAGUCCUGCAGUGCCAAGAGGAAGAGCUCACACAGAUGGUGUCCACUAUGUCUGAUGGGUGGAAGUUUGAACAGCUGAUCAGCAUUGGAUCUUCCUAUAACUAUGGGAAUGAAGACCAGGCAGAAUUCCUCUGUGUUGUGUCCAGGGAGCUCAAUAACUCUACCAAUGGUAUUGUCAUAGAACCCAGUGAGAAGGCAAAGAUUCUUCAGGAGCGAGGAUCCCGGAUGUAAUCCAAGCAUCCGCUGUUUCCACUCCCAGAUGUCAAAAGGGCAGCCUAGCUGGGCCGAGCACCUCUCCGCAGUCCCACCUUGCCCUCGUGCACUAACCAAGCUAACGCAAAGCAAAGCCGAGCCUGUCCUGCCAACGGCAAAUAAUUCUGGUCGUAACCAAAGGCUUCCCUCUUCCACCGGAAACCAAGGAAGGAAAAGACUUUUCCAGCUGGAUAGUCCUUUCCCGAAGUAUUUGUUUUCUUGGCCAGCGCUGUAUUGAAUUUUUUCCAACAAUGGCUGGGCCGGAUUCCCAGUCGGAGCCUUUGCAGUGGCUGCUCAGGUCCACAACCCCUGUAGUCAGUCCUACCUUCCCCAGGCUGGCAUAGGUGGAAAGAGGAGCUGGGUGGGAGCUGUGCUGCUGUUUGCACCUCAGUCCAACCCCAGAAAGGUGCAAGCACCUUGCAGUGCUCCCCUUCCUGCUCAGCCAGCCCCCACAAAUCAGAACAAGGCUUUAAAAGGAGGAACAAAACCACUUGGAGAAAACCUACAAACUUUUUUUUUUUUCCCAUUCUUGCUUUGUAUUUGUUCCUUGUCCAGUUCCUAAGAGCUGAGUUUAGAUACCACCAAGGGAGGGGAAGUUGUAUGUCUGUCUAACGCAGGUCCUGCUGUUAACACUAUUACAGAUGGGCUCCUGGCGUUUCCCAAAGCCCAUCCCUCCUCAUGCAUAAGUGAGAGACCUGUGUUCAUCCCACGUGGCUGGAGAGAAGUUCUGUCCUCACUUCUCAGUUGCAGAGGGGCGACACCUUUCCCCCUCUGCUGUCUUGCCACGGCCGUAUCUCAGCCUGGUGCAAAGUGACAAGGUUAGGGACUUGUUGCUGCCAAGUUCAGCUUUGCCUUGUUUGUCUGCAGUGGCGUGGGCUCUGUCUCCUUCCUCCUCACGGGAGGACCUCAGGCAGGAUUUCUUUUGUACUGGAGCAAGCAGGUAGGUUUGCUUCAGCCCAGAUGAUUCUUUGCAGAGGAGAUCCCCCUAUUUACACGCAGUGAUUUCUCUGCAGCCCCCUCCUGUCCCCCCCUUUUAAGAGUUCACCUCAAAGUACAGAGGGGCUUCACUGAGCUGGGGGAGGGGGGAAUUGGUGAAAAGUUGCCAAACUGUUGUAAUGUUUCUUGUCCAAAGUGACGUGUCAACUUCUGUGACUUUUUUUUCCUUUUUUUUUCGGAAUGCCUUGGAUGGAUGUGCAAAAUGUUUGUUUGUGCCUCUCUUGAAUUCUUAUCUUAGCCAAACUGCAGUCACUGGUCCCCUCUGUUAAGCUGUGCCAUCCCUAACCAGGGGCAUGUCCCUCCUAGUCUGGUAAAUGGAAUUUUUUAGGAAUUUGCUGCAUGUUUUGUCCCCUUUCAUCCUGGCUUUGUUCUUUGUAGCGCGAGUGUCCCGGCACUUGGGUCUUUUGAGUCAAGUCCCAAACUGACAUUAACCACCAAGCUUCAGAGAUGCUGCAAUUCAGAGACAUUGACAGGGUCAGAGCAGUUGUGUCCUAAUAAAACACCAGAAAAUUCCUCCCCCGGACUGAGGAGUUUGGCUCCCUUCUGAAGGAAUUCAGCUGCUUGUGGUCUCCUGAAAGGUGCGAGAGAGAAAUAAGCAGGUUUCCCGUCUGCUCUCUUCCUCGCUGGCCGGGCCGCGGGGCAGCAGACAGUUACCAAGUACCAACAAGGGGUUCAGCAAACGAGCGCUGCCUCUUCUCGGUCCUCCUGGACGAGCUCUUGCCUGCAUUUCCCCACCGCUUUGCCGACGUCCCCAGCGGAGGCUCGGCCUCGUUCCUCAGGAGGGGAGGUGGGUUAGUGGUGCCGGUCCUGCCCGCUGUGCCAGGCACCCCUGCGUCGCCCCCGUGUCGGGCAGAGGCUGCUGGAGCGCCGCUCGCUUGCUGCCCCGCCGCAGAACCCAGCCCAGCACCUUCCUCCAUCUGUCCUGUUCAUAACGCGGUGAGAUGGUUUUGCUGUGAUUAGAGCUGUGGCUGGGCUGAGUAACACUGUGAUGUGUAUAGAUGUGUCUCCUCUGUCGGUACCUUGUAGCCUCGGUCGCUGUCGCUCUGUGCUCACAGCUGAUGAGUAUGUGCACGUAUGCAAGUUAGCAGCCUCUAAAAGCCCGCUAACACAUUCACCCAUCGCUUCUCUCCCUUCCUCGGAGAAGGAGAGUUUGCGGUUGAGAUACCAACCUGAAGGCAGCGGGGCCAGGUUGCGCUGUUGGUCACAUCGAGGGCAGCCAGGCAUCUUGCUGCUCCAACCGCAGAGCUCGUGGCACUGGGGUCACCUAGACAGAGCCGGUCAGUUCAGGACAGCUCGAGCGGAUGGAGUGACGCCUUGCAGCUUUUCACCCCCACAUCCCAUCGCCGGGCCUAAGGGCGAUACCAUCACCCUCCCUUUGCCCCAGAGAGCAUUAGCAGUAGAGUGGAACAGCUAUUUUUAAGCUCACAUGCACAAGAAAGGCUGCUCAACUUGCAUCUCGAUUUUCCCCUCCACGCUGCUCUCUGCACUAAGGUCAUGCUUAGGGACUUAAGUCUCCUUGGGUUCAAUUACUGAGUCUUUCAAUUCAACAGAACAAGUUAAAAAACUGAUCUGACAGUUACUGGCCAUUCACAAGCUCUUGUGUGACAUUUAGGACCAGGCAUGAAGGCGUCCAGAGCAGGUAUGUUCCCAGCAAAGGGAUCUCCCUCUUUCCCGACUGCGCUAGGUCACCUUUACCCUCAGACCGUGGGCUGAUCUCAGCAUUAUGCCCCGGUUGCAUCUUUUCUGUGCUCAAGACAGGGCUUUUCCUUCCAUUGCCUUUCACUCAGUCACAACUCUGU